UUGAAUCAUUAACUUCUUUCAAAAUGAAACUUUACUUUGUAUUAAUUCUUGCCAUAGCGGCCUGCCUGGCAUAUGUACAGGCGCAGGAUGAUACUACAACUACUACAACCGCAGCUAGUGAUACCACCACUACCACAACAGCAGCUGGAGAUACUACCACGACAACAGCAGCUGGAGAUACUACUACGACAACAGCAGCUGGUGAUACUACCACAACUACAGCAGCUGGUGAUACUACCACAACAACAACAGCAGCAUCGAACACAACAACUACUCGGAGGAGAACUACUAGAAGGAGAAGAAGAACCACACGAAGAAGAAGAACCACCCGAAGAAGAAGAACCACACGAAGAAUCAGGAUCAUUAGAAGAACAAGGCGCGCAAAUGCCGGCAAUGGCGGCAGACGUGUUAUCAGAAGACGUGUAGUUGUCGAAGUCUAAAUAUGUUA